UCGUCGAUUGAGCUCUUGGUUGUUCUUCUUCAAUGGUGGACAACAACAAAGGUGGCGAGAGGAACUGGGGAAAAGAAGAAGAGGGACUGAAUGAUUCUUGUUUUGGGUUCCCAGAAAUUAAAGAGAGGGAAAUGGGAAUGGGAAUGGGUUCGACGGCUGACGUUGUUGCCUCGUCUACAAUCUUGGUUAUGGAUUGAGAUUUGGAAUCCACAAUCUGGGUUGCCGAUGAACAAUGACGAUGAAGGGGUUCGACGACGCAUCAGAGAAGGAAGAGUCGGCGGUCGAUUAAGAGUUGACGCGGAAGCUGACGAGGCGCCAUCUCAGCUUGUUGUUGACAGACGUUAACGGCAUCUCUAACACCGUCAAUAUUUUUAACAUAAAUGUCUAUGAUUGUCAAGGUAGUUUCAAAUUUGUGGCUAUUUCUGUGUAUUUUUCAAAACUUGGCUAUAU